AUGAACUAUCACGAGCACAGAGCAAGGCGAGACGCUGGAGAUUCGGCCACUGAAGAGCUAGAUGAACGCAUCCAGAAAUUGUAUCGUUCACCGUAUGCUAUUAAGGCAUUCGAGAAUAUCUGCUUCAUUGCCGAGCUGCUCAAGAAAAAAGAUCGAGAUGCUAAGGUGGGCUUGCUCGAGCACUGUAUUCCAAACUGCGGGGGGAGGGGGGGGAGGAGAAGUGGAAUUAGCUGUGGCGACGCCGACCUUUUUUUUUACAGGGACGCAAAAAUCAAUCAGUGA